UCUAUCUGCUUCAAAGGAAAUAAAACUAUGACACUACAUUGUACUACUCUUGUUUCUUCUUCUUCUUCUCUUCUUUCAAUAAUUCUCAUUUACUUUUUGCUUCAAUCACCGGUGGAAGCCACUAAAAAGCCUUAUAUAGUGUACUUGGGAACACAUUCGCAUGGUGUGAACCCUUCCUCAGUCGAUCUUGACAGGGCCACAAACUCUCAUUACACCCUUCUUGGAUCAUACUUAGGAAGUGAGGAGAAGGCGAAAGAGUCCAUCUUUUACUCAUAUAAUAAACAUAUUAAUGGUUUUGCUGCAAUUCUUGAUGAUGCAGAAGCAGCAGAGAUUCGAAAGCAUCCAGAUGUGGUAUCGGUUUUCUUGAGCAAAGGAAGAAAAUUACACACAACUCGUUCGUGGGAAUUUCUUAGAUUGGAAAAAGCUGGUGGUGAUGUCCCUUAUCAAUCUCUUUGGAACAAAGCACGUUUUGGUGAAGAUAUAAUCAUUGCAAACUUAGACACAGGUAUUUGGCCCGAAUCAAAGAGCUUUAGUGAGUAUGAAGGGAUUGGACCUAUUCCAUCGAAGUGGCGUGGAAAUUGUCAGUCAGUCAUCAAAGAUAAGAUUCAGUGUAAUCGGAAGCUAAUAGGAGCAAAGUACUUUAAUAAAGGGUUUAUUGCACAUUUAAAGGCACUCAACGCCUCUUCCAUUCCACCCUCCAUACGUAACUUAAACAAAUUCACUAGUCGAGACACUCAAGGACAUGGAACUCAUACUCUUUCCACAGCCGGAGGUAGUUUUAUCCCAGGAGCAAAUAUCUUAGGCAAUGGCAAUGGCACUGCAAAGGGUGGAUCUCCCAAAGCUCGUGUGGCUGCUUACAAGAUUUGUUGGCCACCACUCAAUGGUGAUGCCUGCUUCGAUGCUGAUGUUUUGGCUGCCUUUGAUGCUGCAAUAAGUGAUGGUGUGGACGUGAUUUCAGCCUCUUUUGGUGGUCCACCUAAUGAAUUUUUUAAUGACACGACCUCAAUAGGAAGUUUUCAUGCUACUAUGAACAACAUUGCUGUGGUUGCCUCGGCUGGAAAUGAUGGACCUGAUCCUCAGACUGUAUCUAAUGUUUCGCCAUGGCUAUUGACCGUGGCAGCUAGCACAAUUGAUCGCGAGUUUAAUAGUUACAUAACUCUUGGAAACAAAAAACAACUUAAGGGAGCAAGUCUUUCUUCAAGUCGAUUGCCAUCUCAUCAAAAGUUUUAUCCGUUGAUCAGAGGGUUAAAAGCAAAUAUUGCUAAAGUUAAUCCAAUAUUUGCUGAACUUUGUUGGCCUAAAAGUCUUGAUCCGAAGAAGGUAAAGGGGAAGAUCUUGAUCUGUUUUUAUGGAGAUGAAGUUACACCUCCUGCAAAAAGUCACCAAGCAUCUCUUGCUGGUGCUGUUGGAGUGAUUGUAGUUAAUGAUAUCUCGAUUAAUGACAUCGAUCCUGACACUCAUUUCCUCCCUGCAUCUAAUCUCAACUCAACCGAAGGAAGAUUUGUAUACGAAUACCUAAACACUACUAAAAAUCCCACAGCUUACAUAACUCCGGCACAAACUAAAUUGGAAGUAAGACCAUCCCCACUUAUGGCCUCAUUUUCCUCCAGAGGACCGAAUUCCAUUGAGCCAGCUUUGCUCAAGCCAGAUAUCACAGCACCAGGAGUGAACAUUCUAGCUGCGUUCACAGAAGCUGUUGCACCAAGUUAUUUAUCAUAUGACAAACGUCGAGUCCCUUUCAACACCAUGUCGGGAACAUCAAUGUCAUGCCCACAUGUUGCUGGGAUUACUGGUCUUCUUAAAGCUCUUCAUCCAGAUUGGAGUCCAGCUAUGAUUCAUUCAGCUAUAAUGACUACAGCAAGAGUUCAAGAUAACAACAAGGGUCCAAUGUUGGACUGGAACAUGAAAAAAGCAACACCAUUUGAAUAUGGUUCGGGUCAUAUCCAACCAAAUCGAGCUAUGGAUCCUGGACUUGUUUAUGACAGAACUACUGAUGAUAAUCUGAACUUUUUAUGUGCUCAUGGUUAUGAUGAAACAUUACUUAAGAAAUUUAGUAGGAAGCAGUACAAGUGUCCCACCUCAUUCAGUCUAGCCAACUUCAACUACCCUUCCAUUGUGGUUACCAGUUUAAGUUCAUCACAACCAAUGAUAGUUACCAGAAAAGUUAAAAAUGUUGGCCCCCCAGGUACCUACAGGGCAUAUGUUAGGGCCCCAGCUGGAGUUAGUAUUUUUGUUAAGCCGGCAAGCUUGAAAUUUAGCAAAAUUGGUGAGGAAAAAAAAUUUGAGAUUAUAUUGAAGCCAAAGGUUGCUGGGAAGCCUAAAAACUAUGUGUUUGGACAGUUGAAAUGGUCAGAUGGAAAGCGCUACGUGAGGAGUCCUAUUGUAGUCAAGUACUAAGAGAAAAAAUGAUGAUGUUUUAUGCCAGAAGAAGAGGAGUAUGUAGGUACAAUAGUUUGAUUAUAUCAUUGCAUGUGACCUUCAUCUCUUGAAAUAACAAGUAAAUGUAUAAUGAUUUUUCUUUUUAGUUUAA